CCCUCCCUCCUCCUGCUGCUCCCUCUCUUUCUCUUUCUCUCUCUUUCCCCUUACUCAUCUGUUUCUGUGGCAGAGGAAGGGCACCUGCCGCUCCCUGAUGAUUCAGCCUUUCAGCUGCUUGGAUCUCACAGACCAGAGAGCAUGUCCGUCCCGCCACUGCAGCGUCCGACCCGUCCUCUGCAGCAUCCGUCCCGUCCUCUGCAGCAUCCGUCCCGUCCUCUGCCCUCCAGCUGCUGCAGCCGGCCCAUCACUACGCCUCUUCUGCCCAAGUGCUCAGCAAAUUUGACGAAUCUGUAGAAAGACUGACGUUUGUGUUUGUGGUGAAAGAGCAUGAGUGAGGAACUCGUGUGCAGAAGGUUCUGUUCAGACUGUUAAGAAGCUUCCACUCACUCUGAAGAGCGCUUCACCUCCGUCUGAAAACUCUGCAGCAUCAUGAUGGAAAACGUGCUGGUGGUGUCUGGUGGCGGACAGCCGCCGUGUGACGCCCUGAGUUACUAGUUGAGGUGUCGGGAGACUCUUCAUCCGGUGGUUGGACAGGAUGACUGAGGGAAUGGACGACCUCUCCUCAGGGCCGGCCCCCCCUCCUGGAUCUGCCUCCCCCACCGGCUCCACUGUUGAUACUGGACAAGUCCCCAAGGCGAAACCUGAGGAGACGGAGGCAGCUGGUGAGAGCGGGGAGGAGGGUGCUGAGGGAGCUGCAGAGGGAGGCGGUGAUGGUGAUGGGGAGCAUCUGGGGGCUUUGGGAAUUGUGGCCUUGCCAGGGACUUGCUGUGUGUGCAUAGAGAUGGAACAGAUUAACAAUUGCCUGCACUCUGAGAAAAUCUGCAUCCUGCCCAUCCUGGCCUGUCUGCUCAGCUUAGCCCUCUGCACCGCUGGCCUCAAGUGGGUCUUUGUGGAUAAGAUCUUCGAGUACGAGCCCCCCACACACUUAGAUCCUAAACGCAUCGGACAGGACCCCAUUAUUAUAUCAGUUGACCCCACGCUAGGAAUAACUGUGUCGAUUCCUCAUUCAUCAUCGUCUCCCGUGUCCCUAACCACCACCAUCGCCAUGACACCAGGAUAUCCCGAGGUUUUAGUGGAGGAGAUGUCUACACGAGGGCAGUCCUCGCCUCAGACUCCAGCAGUGGACUCCACUCAGUCUGAUCCCUCUGUGAAGCUGAAAUACAACGCUGAACGUACCACCAUCCAAAAGCAGACCCCCCAGUCCACACAGGAAUUCAACGACAUUAUCGUCCCAGAAAUCUAGGCAGAUUUCUGCUGGUGCAGUGCAUCACGCUUUGCCCUUGACAACACUUGAUAGAAACACUGUCCACUGCAGCAGCCUGAUCCUCCUGCACAUACGAGCCUGCUGCAGAAUCUCUCUUCAUCUCUCAUGCUUUCAUCACGGGGAUUAAUCUGAGGUGGCUGUUGGUUGCAGUGCAGAAAAGUGCUGUGUCAUGCUGAGAUCAGGAGGCUACAUGUUGGCAACACUCACUGCACCCACUCGCCUUCAGACCUGGACCACUGCACCU